AUGACGCUCUGCCGACUCACGCAGGGUGCAGGAACCAUCGCACUGUUUAUUUUUUGGUCCGUCUCAGAGAUUGCCUCUAUCGUUGAAGCCCAAACCCACGUCCGACGGCCAAUUGCUGCAACGUGGUCCGACAAAAGUUACGGACCGGAUGGGCCCUGGCAAGCAGUCCAAGUGAACAUUGGAAGCUCAUCACAACAGAUCGAUCUGUACCCGGGGGGCACUUGGGAGACCAUCAUCCUUUUACAAGACAUUUGCACAAAUAUCACCCUAACAUCCGACUGCUAUGUGUCGGACGCUGGUGUCUUUAGCUCUACGGCAUCAACCACAUGGGACAAUACAUCCAUCGACUACUCUCCAGAUGGGUCAUCAUAUGCUGCGUAUAGUUUUGGUCAGACCAGAGCUGUCCCGAUCAACGCCUUGGCAAGGCGGGCGGUGGAUACGAUUCGUUUCAACGGAUUUACCACUCCUUCCGUGGACAUAGUAGGUAUCGACCAGGGUUAUCAGACCUAUGCAGGCGGGCAAAACUAUCCAUUGACAGUCGGCAUCCUCUCUUUAUCAGCCCCAGAUCUCAAUCAGUCAUUUCCUGAAACUUCAGGACCCUCUAUCAAUACCACAUUUAUCGUUAUGCAACUCGGGUAUGACCAUCUCUUCAUGGACACAUAG